AUGCAUAUAGUCUCUAGUCAAAGUGAUUUAUUAGUUGAAGAACUUCCUCUUAUAAGUUCUAAAACUCUUCGAUUCAAUGAACUCUUAUAUGAUAUUGGAAAUCCGACAAUAAUUAGUAAUGUAUCAUUACCAACAAAUUUUAUUGAUGCACAACGUAAAUUACGUCAAUGGCUUGAACAAACUGAACAAGCAUUAUUAAAUGAUAAAGUUCGUUUUGGUGAUUUACAAACAAUUAAUGCAAAAAAGAAAAUUUAUAAAGAUUUAUUUGAUCAAACAGUAGAACAAGAACAUAUUAUGGAAGAAUUAAAUGUUAUUGCAAGAGAAUAUUAUUCUAAAUUAUCUAUUGAUAUAAGUCGACGUUUACAAGAAGAAUUAACUAAUUAUCAAGAUCGAUUAUAUGAUGUUAAAAUGUUUUUAAGUGAACGUUUAGCAAAAUAUAAUCAAGCAGAUAAAACAUUAAGUGAUUUUGAAAGAGGUAUUGAAGAAGUUAGACUUUGGAUACGUAAUGUUCAACCACGUUUAAAUGCAAAUGAUUCUUCUUAUACUGAUUCACGUGCACUUGAAAAUCAACUUGGUCGUAGUCAAAUUCUUCAACAUGAAAUUCGUGAAAUGCAAACAACUAUUAAUCGUUUAAAUAAAGAUGUUGUUGAUUUAACACAAGAUGCCGAUGAAAAUUUAGGUCGACAUUUACGUGAACAAAUGAAAGAAUUAAAUGAAAGUUGGAGUCAUAUUAUAAGUUCAACAAAAAUUUUUUCACAAAAUAUUCAGGAUGCAUUAAAACGUAAUAAAGUUUUACAUGAAGACAUACAAGAAUUAGAAGAUUGGAUUAUGGACAAAGAACAUGAAGCACCAGCUGAUGAUGGACCAAUUUUUUAUCAAGAUCAAAUUCGUGAACGACUUGAGCAAUAUCAAAAACUUCAAACAGAACUGAAUCUUAAAGAAAAUAUUGUACGAAAUUUAGUUCUUCAAGGUCGUCAAGAUUUAUCAGGUGCACCUGAAUUAGCUCAAAGUUUAGAAACACUUGUUUCAAAUUGGUCUAAUUUACAAAAAAAAGUUGAUACAAAAGUUGGCUUUUAUAACGAUAUUUAUGCAUUACAUGAAGAUUUAAAAAAUUUACUUCAUCAAGAAAAUGUUUGGCUUGAUACAUUACAAAAUAAAGUUUUUUCAUCAUCAAAUGAUGGUGCUGAUGCUGAAGAAAUCUCCGAAGAACUUGACACUCUUGAACGUUUUGUUAAAACACAUUCAAAAAGUAGUCAUGAUAAAAUCUUCGAAAUAUCAGAUCGUCUUCAAGCAACAAAAGUUUCAUUACCAGCAACGAAUAGUUUAAUAAAUCAAUUUCGUAUUCGUUGGGAACAAUUACAUGAUGAUGCUUAUAAAAAAAUUCAUACACUUAAUUCACAAAUAUCCGAUUAUCAACAUAUGGGACAUCAAAUAACAGCAAUGUUUGAAUGGAUGAAACAUACAGAUAAUACACUUCAUGCUAGAUUAAAAGAUGAUGUUUUUGCAGAUGAUGUACCCGGAGAAGCUGAAAAAUUAAUUAUUGAAUUUAAUCAAUAUGAAGCGUUUUUACGUAGUAUAGAUGAUAAAGUACAUGUAUUGAGAAGUACAGGAAAAACUGAAGCUGCUAAAAGACUUGAACAACAAUUGAUUUUAUUAAGAAAUCAAUUUUUACAAUUACAAGCUAAAUUUCGAAAUUUUCAAAAACCAUCCGAUUUUGAACCAAAACAUGCAAAAAUGCGUCAAAUUUUAAAUGAUGUUGAACAAAAUACUCAUAUACUUGAAAUUCAUUCUGAUGAUCCUGAUAUUAUUCAUAAUCAAUUAGAAAAUUGUCUAAGACUUUAUAAAACAUUAUCAGAUAUCAAAUCUGAAGUUGAAUAUGUUAUUCGUACAGGACGUGGAAUUGUUGAAAGAAAACAAAUUGAUGAACCAAAUGAUUUAACAAGACAAAUGGAUAAAUUAAAAGCACAAUAUAAUACUCUUGGAUCUAAAGUAUCAGCAUCGAAAGCUCAAUUAGAUAAUGUUGAACGUCAUUUACGUAAAUUUCGUAAAGAAUAUACACAUAUUCAUGAAUGGUUUGUUAAAGCUGAUAAUGAAAUACGUAAAAUUGAAAAUAAACAAAUAUCAAAAAAUAACAAAGAAGAAAUUGAUUGGAUUCGAACUACACGAAAUGAUAUUAAAAAACUUGAAAAUAAUUUUGAAACAUUAAAAAAUUUAGAACGUAUAAUACAAAAAGAAACUGAUCGACCAUUAAAUAGCAUUCGUGAUAGAAUCAUGGAAUUAAAACGACAAAUUGAACAAUUAGAUCGACGACUUAAAGAUCGAUUAGAAAUAAUUGAAGUAAAGACAAGUUCUUUUGACAUUCCUUAUUAG